AUGCCGCCCAAACACGAACCCAUUAUGCUCUGGGGCUUCUGUUUCUCCACCCAGCAGCAAAAAAUGUCCUUCAACCAGUCCUGGGCUUGCGCCUUUCACACGUCGUGGUACACCAACGAGUCACACCCGAUGUGGGACUCCAUCGACGACAUCCAGAAACGCCGGGAAAUUCGCUACGGCAACAACAUCUACGUGCUCUUUCGUGCGCUCCUGCACCUCCGCCGCUUCUGGGGACAGGACUCGCUGUGGUCGGCUGUCGCCAAGGGGUUUAAUACGUCCAGUUCGGUGGUCAGGGCGACGGCUGAGGCUUUAACGGAGGCCAGACGCGCGCAGAGGGUGAAGAAGAGUCGCGAUGUGAGUGAUACGGCGCGGGCGGCCGACGAGUGGAUUGACUUCGUGGAUUCGCAGCCUAAGGGAUUGAGGGUCCUGUCGGAUCCGGAGGUGUACAAGGUCGCGGAGGCGUUUUUCAAGGAGCAGGAGAAGAAGCAUUUGAAUGCGGCGCGGGUGCCAACUGAUCCUAGACGGAGUCAGGCGCAUCUGGCAGCGCAGUAUAUUCAGGCUGCGCAGAUGAAAGAGGAUGAGGAGGUAUCCCCCCCGCUCUCUCCGCGAUUGUUUUCCCCUCUUCUUCCUCCAGCGCCAAUGUCGACGGUUAAACAGGAGCAGAGGGAGGAGGUGAAGGGGGUUAAUCCGCCACGUGGGCCAAGGAAGAGGGCGGCUUCUCCCGCACCGCUGUUGGAGCGCAGUCCGAAGCAGAGGAAAUUUAGCAUGGAUGAGAGGGCUCCCCCGACUGGGCCGGCUGCAGAGAGGCAGCGCCCUGUGCCGCAGAGUUAUCGGCCGCAGUAUGAUGCCGAGCCAAGGCGGGCAUCGCGGCAGGAAGAUAGCGGCCAUGUCGAGACGUCGGCGUCUAGGAAGUCAUAUUCCUCUUCAGAGGAUAUCAUUUUACUCAAAGCUCGCAUAGCGAGUUUGGAGAAGGAGUUGGCGGAGGCGAAGGAGAAAGCUAACUCGCAGCCUCAUUCUCACGCUAACGCUACCCAAGCCCAACAGCCUGCUUCUCAGGCUGUGGUAGUCGCCACAAAACCCCUCGACGAAACGGUAACCUCCUUACAAUCCGAUAUGGCGACGGUGACAAAUGUUGUCGGCACGAUGAUGGAAUCCAUGCAUGUCAUUGUCGACAGCCUCAAUCUGCUUAGGGACGAUAUCACGGGGCUGUCGGGACAGCAGAAGGAGCUGGCUUCUGCCGUGGCGGGGGUUACUUCCGCUGCCACAAAAGAGGGGAGUGUCGCGGCUAUCACGAACGGUGUUUCUGACGGCGGGGAAAUUGAGAAGCUACUUGGCCCGAUUCAGACCCUUGUUGAAGGGCUGGCCACGCUGCGGCAAGAAGUCGCCGAGCUGAAAAAACAACCCCCGUCUCAACAACCCCCCUCAGGAAGUACAGCAACCCUCGAGGCCCUCUUACACCAACAAACAGCCCACAUAGCAAAACUUUCCACCCAAGUGAACGCUCUGCAAUCCCGAAUGCAAGCGCAACAAGCCCUGUUCACAACCCCGCCUCAAACCUUACGGCAGGCGUUUGCUCUGGCACAGCUAGACCUCAAGAAGCAUAAGACUGUGAUAGAAGGGUUUUAUAGCAGUAUGGGACAUAACGCGAGUCGGCAUACGAUGGAGCAGACGGCAAAUCUACUCGGAGCGAUUCAGCAUGGGUUGGGGGUUAUAAGGGAGAGUGGGCUGGUUGGGUAUGGACAAGGUCGCGAGGCGGAUUGA